AUGACCGACCAUCCGCUUCGGGCCUUCCGGAAACGGCUGGAGGUCCUGCUGAACUGCAGGGACACAGAGGCCUACAAGCAGCAGGUCAGUGAUGCAGCCCUGCUGGCGUGUGUUCCGGAAUGCAUUCCUGGUGCCGUCGAGAUCAUUGAUAGUAUGAUGUGUUCACCGACUUCAAACAUCCGUGCGGUGAUGCAUGUGGUUGAUUGUGUGCUGCGGCGUGGGAUGAAAGGAGACGUUAAUCGUGAUGCCGCUGUUCUGUCGAAGGUGAUGGGAUCACGCCUGAGCACCUGGUUGCGUGUUCUCCUGCUCUCCAAACGUGCCCCAGAACAGCUGGAGAAGAGCAGGAAGAUGAUACAGAGUUGGAACGCUUUUGGCGUCCUACCAAUGGACGGCCUCCUACCCCUGCUCGAACUGAUGGACGCGCCAGCUUCGGCAUCCGAAGACUCCCAGCAGUCCCAACAGUCCCUGGACUUUUCGCAGUCGCAGCCCUGGACCGAGAGCCAAGGUGAAGGUGCAGAUUUCCCAGCCCGGCAGCAGCCUCCACUGCCGCAGCCGGUACCGCCGCAGCCGGCACCGCCGCCACGGACACCGCCAUUGACGGAGCCGGCCAUGCCGGCAGAGCCGGCCGCCAAGCGCGCCAAGCUCUCCGGUGAGUGUGGUGUAGCGCCGAAGCUGAACGGCAAGAUGUGUGAGGAGCCACCUGUGCAACCUCACGAGGCCACACCAACACGAAGGCUGGUGCUGCCCAGUGCCCAGAAAGACAAGAAGGCAACUCCCAGGCGCUCCCUGGACACGAAGGCGAAGGCCUCUGCGGCCGCUGCGCCCACUGCGGCCACUGCGACCACUGCGGCCACUACGCCCACUCCGGCAGUGCACCCCGCCACACCGGCUCCCGACGCCCGGCAACCUGGUCCAUCUGGCCCACGGCCUGUCACCGAGAGACGGGCGUCGGCGACAGCGUCCCCUCCAGUGGUGGGGAGAUCGGUCCUAGAACAGUUGCAAGCAAAGAGCCAGGCGCAGGAGGCCCAGAAGCCCAAUGAUUGCAGUCAGGAGCUGCAGGAGAAGGUGCCCGCUCGCCGGACUUCCAUCUCCUGGCGUGUGCGGGGCGACUGCCGCUGCCUCUUCCGUGCCGUAAUGCGCGCGUAUAGGUUGGAUCCGCUCAACCAGCAGCCGCGAGACGAAUUGGGCGAGCCGGUGGACGAACAGCAGCGCGUGCAUGAGCGGGAGUACGCGGACAAGCUUCGCAAAGUUCUCUGCGACGAGUUCCUGCGGCGGCAGGAUGAGGUCAAGCCGUUGUUGGAGAACAUCACGUUUGAGGCUUAUGUGAAGCGCAUGGGCGAGUGGCAAACCUGGGGUGAUGAGAUCUGCCUCAAGUUCCUGCCCGACGUGGUGAGGAGGCCACUGCAGGUCUACUCCUACAACCGGGAAAGGCAGGAGCUCUUCGAUGCGGGGCUCUACCUCCCCCAAAAGAAGGAGUACCAGGGCAGAGAGUGCAUCGUCCUCCUCCACAACGGGAAGUUCCGGAGCUCAGAAAUUCUGAGACGGGAAGUUCGGUUGGGUUGA